GAUUUCAUAUCCAAGACUACAUGACAUGGCGAUUUCCAAUUUUCAAAUAGCUUGCGCCAUAGCUGUGGUUGCAAUUGCUUCUUUCAUCAAUUUACCUGCUCCAAAUUUCUCGCAGAGGCUAAAGGAAUGGCGGAAAAUGGGACAGUACUUUAAUUAUGAGGGGAACGCGAUAUUUUAUCAAGAUUUUAGAGGUUAUAAGAAAGAUGACGAUAUUGUGGUUCUCUGCAUUCAUGGAUUUCCUACCAGUAAUUAUGACUGGUCAAAGGUUUGGGAAAAACUGAAAAGAAAUUUUGGAAGAGUCAUUGCAGCAGAUAUGCUUGGGUUAGGAUUCAGUGAUAAACCUCGUGACAGAGAAUACACAGUAAUGGAGCAAGCCACAUUACAAGAAGCAUUUCUAGAAUAUCUUGGAAUUGCCAAAGUUCACAUUUUAGCCCAUGACUUGGGAGAUACAGUGGCUCUUGAGAUGUUAGCAAGAUAUGAGGAAAGGAAAAAGAAAGGGUUGGAUCCAACAGAGUAUGUCAAAAUAGAAUCCCUUUGUUUAACUAAUGGAGGUAUAUUUCCUGACACAAACUUCCCUAAAGUGAUUCAGAAGUUAGGGUCAAAUCCAUGGUUUGGACCUCUCAUUUCAAGACUAACAAGCUACCCAAUCUUUGCGAGAAGUCUUGCCUCAGUGUUUGGUCCUGGUACACGGCCUCCUAGAGAAGAGCUAGAAGAUUUCUGGACCAUCAUGAGACACAAAGAUGGUUACCUUGUAGUACCCAGCAUUCUUCAGUACAUAAAUCAGAGGAAGGAAAACAGAGCAAGAUGGGUUGGUAUCAUGCAAACCACAACAGUGCCAGUGCAUUUUAUUUAUGGACCUGCAGAUCCAAUCAAUCCUCCUCAAACACUUGUCAAAUACAGGGAACUUGUUGUUAAAGGGACAUUUUCAACAAUGUCGAAGAAUAUUGGACAUUACCCACACUGGGAAGAUCCAGAUGGAUUCAUGGCAGCAUAUGAACACUUUCUAGUCAAGGUUAUUUCAGAAGAGUAAUCUUGAGUGUUUUAAGCUAAUAUUAAUAGCAGUAAUAUUUGAAUUUUUAGCAAAUGUUUUUUACAAGCUUACACGUGUUAUAUUGUAGGAAAUGAAAUAAUCUUGAAUUUUAA